AUGCCCGGUCCGAGAGCUUCGCUGCCGAGCCUCAGCGCCGUCGACAAUGUGUGCUGGAGGUGUUGCAGCAGCAGCAGCAGCAGCCUGUCGGUGCCCGGGCAGAGAUUGAGAGGAUUCGCAAUCGCAAAAAAUCAGGCGCAGCCCCUGUCGACCUCACCCGUACGACCGCUCCGUUUCGGCGCCACUACAACCGUUAGAGCAGCAGCAGGUCAGUCUCCGAGGCCGAACGGAGCAUACUUUCUAUCAAAUGUGCUGCUGGAAAGAUUCGGUGGUUUUCAGUUCAGCCCUCGAUCUCGAGCCAUAGCCGGCACAUCUGGAUCAAACAUAUCAAAUACAAAGAGAAAUGCCACCGUCGCCGCGGACAUCCCACCCUCGACGUCGACAGCACGCCCGCAAGUCGAUGACGAGCUUCCCCCCCACCGCCGACGCCAAGCUGCGCGUCGCACUGCCGAACAGGCGGCUUCUGCUUCCUCGAAUGCACCCUCUGGGGCUGCAGAGACCACCCCAGUAACACCACCGCCUGCACCAUCAGGCGAUAUCCCUCCGGAUGCAUCCAGUAUCCUCUCCAAUGCAGCGGCUGCUCAGCCCGCACAAUCCCUCCGCCGUCGUCUGACGACACUUCUCGCGCUGUCCAAACCCCGACUCACGAUGCUCGUUGUCCUCUCCGCGAUGGCCCCCUACGCCCUCUACCCGGUUCCGGACUUCCUCACGCCAGGGGUAUCCGCACCGUCUCUCUCACCCCUGACACUCCUCUUCCUGACGACCGGAACAACCCUCUGCUCCGCCGCCGCCAACGCGCUCAACAUGAUCUACGAGCCCAAGACGGACGCCCUGAUGAGCAGGACGAGGACGAGGCCUCUGGUCAGGAACCUAGUCAGCACGCGCGCCGCCGUCUGCUUCGCUCUCUUCUGCGCGACGACGGGCAUCCUCGCCCUGCACCUGGGCGUCAACCCGACCGUCGCCUUCCUCGGCGCCGCCAACAUCGUCCUCUACGCCGGUAUCUACACGCCCCUCAAGCGCGUCUCGGCCUUCAACACGUGGGUCGGCGCCGUCGUGGGCGGCAUCCCGCCCUUGAUGGGCUGGGCCGCCGCAGCGGGCGAGUCGGCUGUCGGCGACGGCUCGUGGCGCGAGCUCCUCCUCGCCCCCGACGGCAGCAGCGCCGGCGGCUGGCUGUUCGCCGCGCUUCUCUUCGCCUGGCAGUUCCCGCACUUCAUGGCGCUGUCGUGGGGCGUGCGCGACGAGUACCGCGCCGCCGGCCUGCGCAUGCUCGCCUGGACGAACCCGGCCCGCAACGCUCGCGUCGCCCUCCGCUACGGCCUCGUCUUUGUCCCGCUGUGCGUCGGCCUCUGCGCCGUCGGCGUCACCGAGUGGUCCUUUGCCGUCACCUCCCUGCCCGUCAAUCUCUGGCUGGCCCGCGAGAGCGUCCGCUUCUGGAAGGCGCAGGGCGCCGCCGGAUCCGCCCGCGGCCUGUUCUGGGCCAGCGUCUGGCACCUGCCCGUCGUCAUGGUCCUGGCCCUGCUGCAGAAGAAGGGCAUGUGGGGCCGCGUCUGGAGGAGCGUUUUUGGCGAACCUGACCUCGAUGACGAGCUAGCCGGCGACGACGAUGGGUGGGAGUACCUCGACGAGAAUGAGGAGCCUCCGGCCGUGACGACAAAGUCUUGA